GAGGGUCGUGCGCGUCACCCUCACUUCUCUCGUAUUUUCAAAUGUUUUCUCGAGCCAAAAUUCAAUUUUAAGUCAUAAUCCCGCGUUCUAAAACAAACCCCCAAGUUAUACUCAGUGGCAUUAAAACGUUCGGAAAUCGAUAGUGCCAAGGUCUCAGGUGUGCUACCUUCAAAUAUGAAUCGCAAGGGCGCGACUUUUUCACGGCGAGUUUGGAUGCAGUUGAAGUGUGUUUCAGUGAUGCUCUGUGCAUUGUGUUGAAGCCAUGAAGGAAUAUUUAAAUGGAUUUUGGAUUUUCAAGGAGACAUGACGCAAGACCGAGCGAAUAUAUUCUCUGAUGACGACGAGGACUUGCGUCCGCGCCAACAGAGCCUCGGCGGUGUGCUGCGGCGUGAGGGUAACUGGAAGUGCUUCCUGCUCACCCUGAUGAUCGCGGGCUGCCUUGGCUCCGUCGCCUGGUGCAACACCGCCGAGAUCGACCGCGAGCUUAUCGACCUCAACACGUACCCUAUAAAGCGGACAGUGCGCGAGUCACCAUGCGACGUCGGUUACGCGUACAUUCCCAUCGCAUUCGUAUUGCUGUUAUAUCUGGUGUACCUGGUGGAAUGCUACCACAGUACAGCGAGGAUACAGCUGGCGAGACGAGUGGACGUCGCUGCUGUCAGUGCCAGGGUACACGCCAUGAGGAACGCCACGCCGAGAGUUUGGUGGAAGGCGAUAUGCUACCACUACGUCCGACGCAAGCGGCAAGUUACGAGGUACCGCAACGGAGACGCUUACACCACCACGCAGGUGUAUUACGAGCGCGUGAACACACACAGUGCUAGCACGUCGUUCGCGCAUGCGUGCUGCGGCCAACGUGACGCGUCCAGAAACCUGGUGCUGGACUCCAAGACGCCCAUCACGAAAGUCCGCUUCAGCAAGGGGUUUGCCUUCGCUAACAUUGAAGCUGCCAGUGAAUUUGAAGAUCAAAGAUCGAGGUUUUUUGCGGAGCAUGAAAGAUUUGACGACUUCAUGGAAAUGCGCGAGGGUCUGGAUUUAAUUGGCGUUAGUUCUUUUAAGGAGUACAUGGUAGCUUACAGAGAUACCGACCGCUGCCCGUGGUACUCAUCCCAAUUGCUCUUCUGGACGCUCUCCUGUCUACUCCUCUCUUGGCCGCUUCGCAUCGUCAUUGAAUGUAACACAGCCUACGUUCAUUACACGAUAACGAAGAUAUUCGGCACAAACUACGAAUUAGAUCCGAGUCGUCAACUAGAUUUAGACACUCACCUGUCCGAUACUAUGCCUCCAGUUCAGACGAACAACUAUGCCUGGGCUCUCGCUGAUGAGCAAAGUGCCGUAAUGUGUUCUGCGCCCCGUCCAACCCGCACUCUUCCCCUUUCCCACGCCUCCACUGUAGAUAGCCUCGAGCUGUUCGCAGCAAUUCGAGGAAACUGUGCCUUAGUGCCCUCCUACUCAGAAGCGAUGCGCAUCGACGCCGCUGUUAGAGAAGAUCCUGUAGAAAAUCAAUCCAAUAGCGGAGUAGUAGUAGCUAUUGAAUCUGAGACUAGACUUAAUAGGCCGACUAUGAAAGCGAACUCGUUCGACGAACCCACUCGAAGGCCGAGAGUCACAAUAGCCAGCACGCACUCCAGCUACAACAUCUCAGGGAACGAGCGGUCCAAUGAAGCGAAACAGCAGAACAGGCGGUCCUGGGCGGGAGUGCUCACAACCACCAGAAGUGCCAGACAAAUCCUCGAAGACUUCAGAGCGUCCAACGCCGUCAACUACGAGCCCAUGCCAGAAACUGAAGGUAGACGGAAUGGGGAGAACACACUAUAUUAUUCCAGGGAAUUGUCACCGACGUGUUCUAGAGAUCCAUUCGGUGGUCGAGCGCAGACCACACCGACUGACGAGCCUCCUUCCUACGAGGAGGCUUUGAAGCUGCCUGCUUUGAGAAAACUCACGAGGUCCAUUACCGGUACUGAUUUAGCAGGUCCUAGAAGGGCAUUCUUGAGAGAUGUUCUCGCGAAUAGAAGGUCGUGCCUGGAAGGAGUAGGAGUACUAUCCGGAGCCAAAGUAGUGAGGCUACCGUACAGUGAGCCUGGGGAUGAAACACCACUAUAGCGUUUUAGUGUUUCUCAUAUAAUUGACUUUUUAUGGUGCAAUAAAUUAUAGGAUGUUGUCUUCGUGUGAAAAUGGAGGCCACUAUUUAUACAGUGAGAUAGCGUAAGUAGGUAUCGCUUUUGGAAUUGGAAAAUUUGAAAAAUCGAAAGAGCUUGCGCAAUUACUAGUAUUCGAUAGGUUUGUACGUAAAAUUGGUAGAUAAUAUGAAAUUGAAAUAGACGUUGCUUUAUGAUACUCUCUUAAUGGUAUAAAAUAAUCCGUCUCUACAUAAACAAGAACUUAUAAUGUUGUGCUAAAUAAAUAACAUACUCUUAAUAUAUUUUCAAUAAAAUAAAUUCCUGAAGCGAAUAUUCCAGCUAUCAAACCACUUAAAUUUUAUUGCGAAAUUAAAUGGAAACAGAUAUGUAAUAAAAUAAUAACCUUAUGAUAUAAUUAACGUAAUAAUGAAUAUUGUGAAAUUAUUAUACGCUUCUGUUGAAAUAACUCAAGUGCGAAUGAAGUUCUAUAUUUAUGAGACAUUUGGUCCUCUAUCACGGCAGCUAUAAAUUAAAUACUUCAUGCUCAUCCGACAUACGCAACUCUUAAAUUACAGGUAGCUCGUAAACAUUUUUCCACUGCGUUAUUUCUGUACCUGACGUGGUUGUUUCAUUCCGGUUGUUAUCCGGUCCAUGGCCGUAUUCCUCUUUACUUAAUAAAAUAAACGACAGUCAUUUCUACCACAGAGUUGUAAAAAUAAAAUAACUUGCUUGUUGUUACAGUUAUAAUAAUAAAAGGUUUGUCUCCGCUGUCAGUUGUGGUUACCGAUGUUACAAUCGAUACAAUACAUUUUGUAUUUCUUCUGUGGCAGUAAGGAACUGGUCUGUAAGAAAUUUAUGUAUGGAUAGACGUCAAUUUCGUCAGCAUAAAACGAUUUACAGAACGUGGAAUUCAUUCAGCAUUUAUUUUAAAAUUAUAUUAAAAAGGCUGGUAUUUUUGUAUUUCCGUGAUUAUAUUUAGAACUUUGUAGUUUUUAUUGUCAAUAUUUUUUGUUAGGUGCCAUUCUAACAGCGGAGGCUUGUCUCAAAUUAAAUGUGGUAUAAGGCAGUGCCUUGUAUCGUUGUUGUAAUAGCUUUAGGCAUCGUGUCGUAAUAAUAUCGUCCCUCACUCGACAUUUUGUCAAUUUAUGAGGAACAAUAUUUUUAUGACGUCAUAAAUAAUGGUGCACUCGUAAGUAAGUAAUAUUGAUGUCUUAGGGGCCGAUUACACUGAUAAGUAUUACGUAAGUUUUACUCACAUUUUGGAAGUUGCUAUUUAUUUAUAGAUACAUCCAAGUGGACAAGUAGAUUUUGUAUAUUGGCUGAAAAAUGUGUAAACUAAGGUUAUACUCAUAAACCGAAUGUAUAUUGUAUACUUUAUUGUUCGUGAUUAAGAAAAUGCGGCGUUUCUUUAGGAAGCCUAAGACAGUUAGAAACGGUUUGGCAACGAAAAUAUAAAGCUUCAUUUAAUAAAACAUCAAGAAUUAUAUUGUAAAAUUGGGAAUAAUAUGAACUUCCGAAGAGAAAUCUAAAUGAAAUUAAAAAGAUCCAUAAUACGCAAAACGAAUAAAAAAUAAAUCUUAAAUAUUUUACUUAUGAAUUUUCGUUGCCGACGUUUCGUUGAAAAUGAAUUUGUGAUUAAAAAUUACGUACCACAAUUAUAUUGUAAUUUUUCCAAAGUGAUAUUAACAUAAUUUAGGAUAUUUUGGCUAGAUGACGCAUGAGGUUCAAUUAUAAUUGAAUAUUCGAGGAACCAAUUAAUCUACUUACUUAAUAUUUGAAUAACAGAACAUUAUUAAUUAUCUACCUGUGAAUUGAAUUGAAUUUUAUUAUAUUACAAUUACUUACUCAUAAUU